GACGUAUUUUGCUAUGUCUGUGGCCAAUUUAUCAAGACGAGCCAAAAAGUACUCCAUGGAAGCGUGUACUAAAAUGUGUGAUGCCUGUUGGAGAUCAAGACAAACCCUGGGCACCUCAUUUCACCUACGAGCACUGCAAAAAAAAACUCUGGAAGGAUGGUUGUUGGCUGAAAUUGCGCAAGUUGCGGAUCAGAGGAAGCAUCACAAACCUUUUUCCAGCUUCUUCACCACUCAAGAUGGGCUCUGCUUCUGUCACAAUGUGAUGAGUCCGAGGCAAUCAGAAUCGCCUGUCACCAGAAUGAGUGCACUCUUCGUUGACUGCUCAUCCAGGAGACUCAAAGACAUGCUGCUCCAUAAUGGUAACAAGUACCCAGUCUCUUCCCCUGGCUCACUGAACCUAAAAGAGGAUUACAACAGCAUCAAGACCUUGCUGGAUGCCUUGAAGUAUGAUGAGUACAGCUGGGAGGUCAUAGGAGACUUAAAUGGUGGCAUUCAAAAAGGAUGGGUCUCCAAUGCGGUUUUACCUGAGUUUCCCUGUCAUCUUUGCCUUUGGGACACCAAGGCGCACUACCACAGGUGGGACUGGCCACAGUGGACGGAGUUCUCUGUGGGGAGGAACAACAUCAAGUGGGAGCAACUGGGGGACCCCUGGAAGGUGCUGAUGCCACCACGGCACAUCAAAUUGGGCCUUAUGAAACAAUUUGUCAGAGCUCUACAUAAGGAGUCGGCAGCAUUCAAUUACCUUCUAGAUAUCUUCCCUGAGCUUUUUGAGGCAAAGGUCAAAGCCGGUGUCUUCGUCGGACCACAGAUAAAGAAGAUCCUGGUGUGCAGUGAAUUCCCCAAGAAGCUCACUAGUAAGGAGAAAGAGGCUUGGAACAGCUUUUUACAGUGGUUUGGGGCUUCCUGGGAAAUCAUAAGGCCGAAAACUGUGGAGCUUGUUGAGACUGGUGAGGAACUACAGCACAAUGGGCUAAAGUUCAUAUCCUUGAUGCUCAUCUUGGUCAAUUCAACAAGGAUAUGGGAGCGUACUCAGCGAGUGCUUCCACCAAGAUAUACUGGACUUUGAACGCCGCUACCAAGGACAGUAUAACGAAAACAUGAUGGGAGACGACAUUUGGGGAGCUGA